UCAGAAAUGAAACUUUCACUUAAUUAGAAAUCGAUGUUUUUAUUAUUAAUUCCUUUGUAAUUAAUUAAUUAUCUAAAAGUCUCAACUGUUAUCCUUUUGUUAAUUGUCUAUUAUUUGUCGUCACCUUCUCGCAUCAAACUGACAACGAUUAAUUGAUUGGGUUUACACGUGAAAUCUUUUCCAUUUACCAUCAGUUGUUAUUCUGGUUUCAUUGUGUCUUUUUGUGAUUUAAUUUUCUUUUCAUAACCAUCAGAACUUGAUCUAAAUUAACUCACUGGUAAUUAUUAUCAAUCUAAUCACUGUUACACAUCAAUUAUAAAUCUCCAAUUGAUUGUGUUCACAAUGUUCCUUUUAUUUAUUACCCGUAACUUGUUGUUUUGUCUCCUCUUCUUUUCUACUCAGAGAUUUUCUUUGUGAAAUAUUUUUUUCUUUUGAUUUGUUUUGUUCAUAUUUUCUUUUUAUUUUAUUAAUAAUAUACUCUCUCAUUGUAAUAACAAUUGUCUAAAUUUCUUUGGCAAUAUUUUAUUUAUCUGAUUCCAUCCUGUGUUCGCCAUCAUUGACUGUUCUUUCGGGUACAUUUUCAGGAACAAAAAAUGGUCUCUAUUCCUGGUGCCGAGAUUGUACCUUCUCUUGAGGAUUUAAUUAAAAAAGGAAGUGAACAAUUUGAGAAAAUCUUCGAAACGGAGCCAAUGAUUGUUGGUUAUUCUCCAGGACGAGUUAAUCUAAUAGGUGAUCAUGUUGACUAUAAUGAUGGACUUGUCUUACCUAUGGCAAUUCCUGUUUACACUGUGAUCAUUGGUGCUCCAAACAAUUUCCAAAUUUGUCGUAUCGAGACUCUAUCAGAUAAAACAGAGAAUCCAAAACGUGUUGAAUUAAAGUUUGACAGCCUGACCAUCGGUCCACCAUCUUGGUCUAAUUACGUGAAAGGAGUCAUUUCUACCUUCCCAGGAAUCAAAAAACCUUUCGAUGCAAUCAUUUUAAGUUCCAUACCAAUAGGAGCAGGACUUUCAAGCUCAGCAGCUCUUGAAGUUGCUUUUUUCAAUUUUCUUCAAGGUUUAAGUGGUUCUGAUCUUGGAAUCAGUAAACAAGAAAUUGCUUUACUUUGCCAAGGAGCAGAACACACGUUUGCUGGUGUUCCAUGUGGUAUAAUGGAUCAAUUCGUGGUUGUCAUGGGAGAGAAAGAUCAUGCUCUUUUAAUUGAUUGUCGUUCUCUAUCAACUGAAUUGGUUCCCCUGAUUUCCGAUGAUAUUGUUAUUCUGGUUGCCAAUUCUAAUAUACGUCACGAACUGUCUGGAAGUGAAUACUCUUCGAGGCGUAAAAAUUGUGAACAAGUCGCAUCUCAAUUAGGUAAAAGUAGCCUUCGUGAUGUUUCAAUGAAAGAAUUGGAAACAAGUCAAACCGUUUUACCUCUUGUACAAUAUCAUUACUCUCGCCAUGUAAUCACCGAGAUUGAAAGAACCUUAAGUGCCUCGGAGGCUCUUAAGAAAAGCGAUUACGUUAUCUUUGGAGCUCUUAUGACGCAAAGUCACAUCUCACUUCGAGAUGAUUACAAAGUUUCAGUACCAGAAAUUGAUGAGCUUUGUGAGAUUGCUCUGGAAUCAGAGGGUGUUUAUGGUUCCAGGAUUACCGGCGGUGGUUUUGGCGGAUGUACGGUGACCUUGGUUCGUGCGGAUAAAGUUGAAUCAACAAUUAGCAAUAUGAAAAGUAAAUCUCGUAUUUCGGUUGAUUUCUAUGUGUUCAAACCCGCCGGUGGAGCGAAUCACAUUAAAUUACCUUCAAAGAAAUCACUUUGAUCUUGAAAGAUCAAUUUUCACCAAUUAUAUUAGAGAAAAAAAUCAGCAAACAAUCAAUUACUUUCUCAUUUUCCUUCUUUAAUCUAUGUGACAAAUAAUCAAAAGUUUCGAAUGUGAUUUAUUAUUUCUAAUCGGUUAUUUUAAUAUCAAAAGCCAAAAUUGUAAUUGUAAUUGUAAUAACGUAUUCGUCAUUUUUUUACAAUCAUUUACACUUCAAAUCAUCACUUAAUCAUCACCAUCAAACUCAUAAUCCAAAUCAUAAAUUAUAUAAAUUGAUGGACAUGAAGGAAUCGAGGAAAAGGAUUUUGCCAAGGAAUUAAAAAUUAACUAGUAACAAAUUAAUAAAUUGAAUUAAUUGUAACAAUAUUUUCUCAGACAAUCUAAUUGCUACAAUAUUGUAAAUCAAUUAAAUCAAAUUGUCAAAAUAUUCAAACAUUUUGAUGUAUUUCCAUAUCGAUGGUAUCAUAAGUUGUAUGAAAGUUUAAUUGUGAUCUGAAUUAAGCUCAUUUAGAAAUAGAGACAAUCAUUGAUUGAAUGAUUAAUCUUUGAUUAAGUUUGUUUAAUCAACAAUUUAAGGUUUCCAAGUUGAAUUUUAUUCAUUGAAUUAAAAUAAAAUGUAUUACAAUUAAAA